GGCGACGCCGCCUCGGCGCCGCCGGCGACGGUCCUCGUCUUCCUGACGACCGCGUGCGCGAAGUGCCACCUCGUCUACCUCCAGUCCUGCUGGCCGCGCGCGCUCGGCGCCACGCGGCUCCUCGCCGCGGCGGACGUCCUCCUCUACGUGGGCUGCCUCGCGUCCGACCGGACCAGGUUCAAGGCUCCCGGCGACGGCGAAACGCAGAUCGCCGAACCCCGCGCGUCCCCGUGGGUCGACGCGUUGCGGCGCCUGCCGAACCGGAACGUGAGCCUCGCGUGGACGCGGUGGAACCCGGGCCACCAGGCGGGCGCGAUCGCGCCCCUGCUGGUCGCGGCGCGCGAGGCGUGGCUGGGCGGCUACGAGUGGGUCGUACGGGCGAACCCCGACGUGUUAUUCCUGGACCCCGCCCCGCUCGCGGCGCGCAUGGCCGACGCCCGCUCGAGCCUCGUCGCGUGGGUGUGCAGGCUCCCCAAUUCGUACCCCAAGUGGUCGUCGAUCCCGACGGAGUACUUCUUGAACACGGACGUGCUCGCCGCGCGGGUCGACGCGAUCAACCACAGCGGCUGGCGGGGCGGCCGCUCGUCCAGGCCGGAAUUCGUCCGGGACAUCGCCGAGGCGCGGACCACGCUCGCCCUGGACGCCGCGACCCGGAGCGGCGGUGCGACGCUCUGGGCGGCCGGAUCUCAACCAAACCUCUGCCGAGCCCAAUCCCACGGCGUCUUCCACAGCCACCAGGCGUGCCGACGGAGUGUGCAGCCAUCAGAUCCGUCGGCGACCGCGAGAGCGAUCGAGGCGGCCGCGGCGUGCUACGCGGCGCGCUACGAGGACGCCCGCGCGCUCGCGUGCGGCGCCGGCGGCUGCGACGGGAAGGCCGCCGCGCUCCAUCGCCACUACCGGAGCCGCGGGCAAAGCGAGGGUCGCUUCUUCGGGUGCGGCCAAACACCGGUCGAGGCCCUCGCGAUCCUGCACGAGGAAAUGCGCGACGCGGCCGCGGCGUGCUACGCCGCGCGCUACGCGGACGUCCGCGCUCUUUUGUGCGGGUCCGGCGACUGCGACGGAAAGAGCGACGCACUCCAUCGUCAUUACCUGGACAGCGGGCGGAGAGAGAACCGCUCCUACGGCUGCUCCGAAGCUCCGGUCGAGCAGGAGGCCCGCCGGAAACGCCAACGGGAGGCCGCGACGUGCUACGCUGCACGCAACGCGGAUCUCCGUGCGAAAUUUUGCCCGGGCGGAAUCUGCCAGGUCGUCGCUCUCAGAAGACACUACCUGCGUUUUGGAGUGCGAGAGGGCCGCGGCCACUACGGGUGCACUCCGCUAGAAGGGGGGCUAUAG